AUGGAUUCGGAGGAGCUGAGAGAAGAAAACCCCCAUGCAACAGGCGGCGGACAUGGAAGCAUCCUCGACACCGUUCCUUCCAGGCAGAGCCAACUAGAUGCCGUUGCAGAGGCUUGUCUUGAGGUGUCUACAGCAGUCAAGAGAGAAGGAUACGAGCUGCUCCCAGAGGACAUAAGAAGAAUGAGAGACGGGUCCCUGCUUAACGACAAGAUCAUCAAUGUGUAUUUUGAGCUUCUUGCAAAGCACUCAAAGGCUACGGUGUAUGUCUUCUCCACAUUCUUUUACACCACCCUGAGUAGAAGAGGAGUGGAGUGGGUUCAGAGGUGGACCUCAGGGAUAAACAUAUUUGAGAACAGGCUGAUAUACAUUCCUGUGCAUAUUCCAGGGCACUGGAUGCUAAUGGUCUUUGAUGUCAGGGAGAUGGUGCUCGAGCACUAUGACUCGAUGGGGAAUGUUUACAGGGACGUGGCUCGGAGAGUAUCUGGAUAUCUAAGAGAUGAGUGGAGGAGAAUCCAUGGAAAAGACCCCCUCAUAUCCAUCAGGCUCAAGAGGAAAAUCCCUCUGCAAAGAAACGGAAAAGACUGUGGAGUGUUUGUAUGCAUGUUUGGGAGAUACAGGCUGUGCGGAGACCGGGAGUGGCUUUCGUCUGAUGACAUCCCGAGGUUCAGGAAGAUGAUGCUCCACGAGAUUAUGUCCAGCAGGAUUCUGUACAGAACGUUCCAUUUGUUUGCGUAA